AGCCGUUUAUUUGUUCUGCUAUAAAAAGAAGAUAACGUUAAUAACUUAUUUACAAGCAUCAUAAAACCAGUGUUGAAUUGCUCAUAGAAUCAAAAACCAUUUUUUUUAAUUUUUUAUUUUGUGUCAACAAAUAACUCUUCAACAAUAAUGUCUGACCCGUAUCAUUGGGGUAGUGGUCACCCACCACAUUGCCCACCUCCACAUUUAUCAUAUCCCCCCGGGGUAGCCGUGUGUCCGCCAGCACCACCUUGUCACGGCCAGGAUUUAAUGUGGGUACCAUCAUCUGCCGAUAGUGUAUUCCCAGCAAAUGCUGUUAAAGGUGGUGUUGAUUUAGAUGGAGCCGAUAUUUUCGUUGGACGUGCCUAUCACGAUGGUGAUCUUUUACCGGCCAAAGUAAUUCCUGCAAAUAAUGUUGCCUAUGUCUGUCACAGUGGUCGGGAAAUUGCCAAACACAACUUUGAGGUACUUUGCCAUAGACAAUUAGUAUGGCAAUAUUCAUCCGGUGGAGCCGUUCCCCACGGCGCAGUACCUGCUGGUCAGACUGCUGACGGUGAAACCCUCUAUAUUGGUCGUGUAAUGCAUGAAGGAACUCAAACUGUGGGCAAGGUUCAUCCAGCCCAUGGAAACUGUUACAUUCCAUAUAAUGGGGAAGAAAUCCCACAUUCAGAUUACGAAGUUUUAGUUUUACAAUUUGUUCAAUGGGUUCCAACAAGCGCACAUGCUCCAUUUCCACCAUAUGCAGUAAGAGGUGGUGUAGAUAGAGAUGGAACUGAUAUUUUUGUUGGAAGAGCUUUCCACGAAGGUGAUUUAAUACCCGCUAAAGUGAUACCAGCAAAACAAAUUGCAUAUGUUGCAUACGAUGGUCGGGAAAUCAUGAAACAUAGCUUUGAAGUAAUGUGUACAUCGAUGUACGAUCAAGGUCGUGUAACAUGGAGAGCUAGUCACGGAUCUAGUAUUCCUUAUGGAGCAAUUCCUGGUGGACACACAGCACAAGGAGAAACGCUAUACAUUGGACGUGUAUUCCAUGAUGGCGCUCAGACUGUUGGAAAGGUUCAUCCAAGUCAUGGAAAAUGUUAUAUACCUUAUGACGGUCAUGAACACCAUCAUCACAGCUACGAAGUAUUAGUUCAAAUUUAAAUUUCUUUUUGUAAUUUGUAAAAAAUUAUUAAAAUUUUUUAUUCGUAUGUU